GCUGGCAGUGUCGUACCCGAGACGUUGGAAUUACAUCACGAUAACGCCAAAGCAUCGCAUUCGUAACUAUAUCUGUCGUUUACACAUAUGCAGAAACAAAUCUUAGUCAGCUAACAGCUAUGUAAAAUAUGAAUAAGCGGAAUAACUAAGAUAUAUCACUCCUAAAACCUACUUGAACAUCGUACCCGUGUUGAGUACAUUACGAGCAAUUGUUUAAUGAGCAAGGAUCAGAGCUCAUCAGUUCCGUUAGCUAACGCUAGCUAACUAAGGGUUAAGGUUGGCCAUCUACGCCUAGGUGUCUAGAAUUGGACUGGUGCAUUUUAGCUAGUUAACUGUCCUAGCUUCCCUUGCUGGUAGGUUUUGCGUGCACGAAAAGGCGAACUGGGCUGAUAACUGGAACUUAUUGUUGAGUGCUAGCUCGCAGGCUAGCUAGCUAGGUUAGCCGUCUAGCUAGGAUAGUUGUAUAUUUGGAGAAAAGCGCGACCGAUAGAGUAAAGCGGAGACCAUCAGGAUGGCUGGCUUGGAGAAACGGGAAAGAGGGAGAGUGGUGCAACCUAGGGAGCUUUAACACAUCUGGUCAGUUCAUACGCGGGAGGACGGCCAUGUCUGAGAAUGAGGACGCGGAUCAGCCGCGCUUCUUUGUGGGAGCGGACGACGGGGAGGGGGAGGAGCUACUGGACCCUGGUCGCGUGCUUGGCUGCGACUGCCUCUAUGAGAAUGUUGUGGAGGAAGAUGAGGACGCAGAGGAGGAAGAGUAUGACUCUCCUCCGGAGAGACUGAUCGUGGUAGGCAUUUGUGCCAUGGCCAAGAAGUCCAAGUCCAAGCCCAUGAAGGAGAUCUUGGAGCGUUUGUGCCUUUUCAAGUACAUCACGGUGGUCACUUUCGAGGAGGAGGUCAUCCUCAAUGAGCCAGUGGAUAACUGGCCCCUGUGUGACUGCCUCAUCUCCUUCCACUCCAAAGGGUUUCCCCUGGAUAAAGCUGUAUCUUAUGCAGAGCUCAGAAAUCCAUUUGUGAUCAAUGACCUGGGCCUGCAGUACUGCAUCCAGGACAGGAGAGAGGUGUAUCGUAUUCUGAAGGCAGAGGGUAUCCAGCUCCCGCGCUAUGCUGUUCUGAACCGAGACCCAGCCAGACCUGAGGAAUGCAACCUUGUGGAGGGCGAGGACCAUGUGGAGGUGAAUGGGGAGGUUUUCCAGAAGCCUUUCGUGGAGAAGCCAGUGAGUGCUGAGGACCACAACGUCUAUAUCUACUAUCCAACUUCUGCAGGAGGGGGCAGCCAGAGACUCUUCCGCAAGAUUGGCAGCAGAAGCAGUGUAUAUUCCCCUGAGAGCAAUGUCCGGAAAACAGGCUCCUACAUAUAUGAGGAGUUUAUGCCUACAGAUGGGACUGAUGUGAAGGUGUACACGGUGGGCCCAGACUAUGCCCACGCAGAGGCCCGGAAGUCACCCGCUCUGGAUGGAAAAGUGGAGCGGGACAGUGAAGGUAAAGAGGUCCGCUACCCUGUCAUCCUCAACGCCAGGGAGAAGCUCAUAGCGUGGAAAGUCUGCCUGGCUUUCAAGCAAACAGUGUGUGGGUUCGACCUGCUCCGUGCCAAUGGCCAGUCCUAUGUUUGUGAUGUCAAUGGCUUCAGCUUUGUGAAAAACUCCAUGAAGUAUUAUGAUGACUGUGCAAAAAUACUUGGGAACACUGUCAUGAGAGAACUUGCUCCUCAGUUCCACAUUCCAUGGUCCAUCCCUCUGGAAGCGGAGGACAUCCCCAUAGUUCCUACCACCUCUGGCACAAUGAUGGAGCUGAGGUGUGUGAUCGCUGUGAUUCGACAUGGAGACAGAACACCCAAGCAGAAGAUGAAAAUGGAGGUUCGGCACCAGAGGUUUUUUGAUCUCUUUGAAAAAUAUGAAGGCUACAAAAGCAGAAAGCUGAAACUAAAAAAGCCAAAACAACUUCAGGAGGUUUUAGACAUUGCCCGACAACUGUUGGUUGAACUUGGGCAGAAUAACGAUACAGAAAUUGAAGAAAGCAAAGCCAAACUUGAGCAGCUGAAAACUGUUCUUGAAAUGUAUGGCCAUUUUUCGGGUAUUAAUCGCAAGGUACAGUUAACCUAUCUUCCCCAUGGUUGCCCAAAAACAUCAAGUGAAGAGGAAGAUGUGCGCAGGGAUGAUCCAUCUCUGUUGUUGGUGCUGAAGUGGGGUGGUGAGCUGACUCCAGCAGGCAGGGUGCAGGCAGAGGAGCUGGGCCGGGCGUUUAGGUGCAUGUACCCUGGUGGACAAGGUGACUACGCAGGCUUCCCUGGCUGUGGCCUGUUGCGUCUGCACAGCACAUACCGGCAUGACCUGAAGAUCUAUGCCUCUGACGAGGGCCGCGUUCAGAUGACUGCAGCUGCCUUUGCCAAGGGUCUGCUGGCCCUGGAGGGUGAGCUCACUCCCAUCCUGGUGCAGAUGGUAAAGAGCGCCAACAUGAACGGCCUACUGGACAGUGACAGCGACUCUCUGAAUAGCUGCCAGCAACGUGUCAAAGCUCAUCUCCAUGAAAUCCUGCAGAAGGACCGGGAGUUCACCGAUGACGACUUUGAGAAGCUGGCUCCUACUACGAGUACAUCAUUGGUGAAAUCCAUGCAGAUGAUCAAGAACCCAGUGAAGACAUGUGAUAAAGUCUACUCCCUUAUCCAGAACCUUACCUUGCAGAUUAGGCAGAGGAUGGAGGAACCGAAGUCAGCAGACAUCCAGCUGUACCACAGUGAGACUUUGGAACUAAUGCUUCGCCGCUGGUCCAAGCUGGAGAAGGACUUCAAAAUGAAGAACGGUCGCUACAACAUCAGCAAGAUCCCUGAUAUCUACGAUUGCAUCAAGUACGACGUGCAGCACAACAGCUCCCUCCAGCUGGACCACACCAUGGAGAUCUACCGCCUCUCUAAGGCACUGGCCGACAUCGUCAUUCCACAGGAGUAUGGUAUUUCUCAAGCUGAGAAGCUGGACAUUGCCAAGGGCUACUGUACACCUCUGGUUCGCAAGAUCCGCUCGGACCUCCAGAGGACACAGGAUGAUGACACGGUCAACAAACUCCACCCAGUGUACUCUAGAGGUGUCAUGUCUCCAGAGCGUCAUGUGCGCACCAGGCUCUACUUCACCAGCGAGAGUCACGUGCACUCCCUCCUCUCCAUCCUACGCUAUGGCGCACUCUGUGACGAGACCAAAGACGAACAGUGGAAGAGGGCCAUGGACUACCUCAGAGUGGUCACUGAGCUGAACUACAUGACCCAGAUUGUUAUUAUGCUCUAUGAAGACCCCAACAAGGACCUUUCGUCAGAAGAGCGCUUUCACGUGGAGCUCCAUUUCAGCCCAGGAGCGAAAGGAUGCGAGGAAGACAAAAACCUGCCAUCAGGGUUUGGCUACAGACCAGCAUCCAGAGAGAAUGAAGGCUCCAAGAAAAAGUCGCAGAAUGACAGUGAUGAGGAGUCAAGCGCUCAGAGGCGGGAUGAGCCAGACCGGGCCUUCAUGAUGUUCCGGCCCAUGGUGUCUGAGCCCAUCUACAUCCACAGGAAGUCCCCCCUUCCUCGCUCCAAAAAGAUUGGCUCUGUAGAAGAAGAAAGCCCCCUGAGUGUGUCUAGCCCUGACUCUAUUGGUACCUGGAUACAUUAUACCUGUGGUGUUGGUACUGGGCGUCGAAGACGCAGAUCAGGGGACCAAAUAACUUCCUCCCCUGUCUCCCCCAAAUCACUGGCUUUCACAUCCAGUAUUUUUGGCUCAUGGCAACAGGUCCUCUCAGAGAACAACAGUCAUGGAAGGCCAGGCCGACUGCACGGUGAUCAGAAGCUCACAACUGGAAUAGGGUCUCAUUGUGCUGGUCUGUUCAGCACCAUGGUGCUGGGAGGCUCCUCCAGCGCACCUAACCUACAAGAUUAUGCUCGCACACACCGUAAAAAGCUGACCUCUUCUGGCUUCUUAGAUGAGGCCACGCGUGGUUCUGCUGUAAAAAGAUUUUCUAUCUCAUUUGCGCGACACCCAACCAAUGUGUUUCCUACUGUGUUCUGUGGUAAGUGUUAAUUAUGUAAUUUUCCCAUUUAUAUUCUGUUUGGUGUUUUUGUUUUGGCUCUAAUAUCCGACCUUUAGUAGAAGUAAGCUCCCCUAUUUCUCUGUUUUAGCCCCAAUUUUUAACCUCAACCAAAUUCUCAACCCGUGUUUCUCUCUCCUUGUAGCAAAUAGUGUUGUAACAUGGUGUGCUUUAGCAGCAUAUGUAUUUGGGUCUAUUUUCCAAUUUAAAAUGUAGCUUUUAAUAUCUUACCGUACUGUACAUUUGAAUGUACCAUCUCAGGCAAGAGAUCAAACUGUAUGUCUACUAAGGGGAAAAAUGUGCAUUUACAUUUCUUGGCAUUCAAAUUCAGGCCAGAUCAAUUCCAGAAUACUCUUGAGUGUGUAUCCAGCAGUUACAAAAAAAAAGAAUGUUGAGGAUUUAAAAAAAAAGGUCCACACUCCACAGAGAUAUGAAAAGUUCCCUUAGUUACGAAAUUGGUUGAAUUCUGAUUUGAGGCCCAGUUUAAUGUAGAAUUGAAGCACCCAGAUGAGUUAUUUUAACAUGAAAUGUUUAAUCCGGAAUCUUUCUAUUGCAAUUACAGAGGCUUUUUAACAACAUUACAAGUUUAGAACUAGUUUACAUCUAGCACAUUCAGCAUGUGGGUUGAACAACCAUGCUGCCAUCCUUCUUAGCAAACUGUUAAUGCUGCCAUUGCACAGUUUUAGCACUGGGUUUAGCAUUUGGGCUUCUUGCAUAAUCGAUUUGAUUCUUUAAAAAAAUUGGGGCCGGAUUGGACAGCAUAAGAUUUGCUUUUUUUGUUGUAUAUCCACCACCAUUGAACAUCAGUAUAUCUCAGUAAAUGUGAAGGUCAUUGUUGUCUUUCACUCUUUCGUAUUACAUAAUGUAUAUUAGAAAAGCCACUUCCCAAGUACUACUCUCACUAGUGAUCUGCACCGUUCGAUUUAAGGUUCUCUCACCUAUCUUAACAUGGCAAAUUCUUUUACUUCUGGCCUAGCAGAAAUUUAAUUUUACAUAACUCAUGAGUUUUAUCCGUUUUGCAUAUUUCUGUUUGCUACUCCAAGUCCUGUAAUUGUGGGCUGGAUAAAAUUGCUUUACUGCUCACAGUAAUGCAUACUACUGUAAAUUGUAAUUCAUGAUCACGUUUAAAGGUUUUGUUGCAAACAGUGAGAGAAUCUCUGAUAUACAUUUGAUAUAUAUUAUAGUGAUGUGAUCUGGUAAGAACAGGGCUCAUUGGCCAUAUUUUGGUACAUUUUUAAUAAGUAGUACCUGAAUCUUAGUUUAGUACUCCUGAAUGUGUACUAAAGGUAUAAUUAUUUAUCUCUGGACAGAUUAAUUAUUAUUAUUAUUUUUUUUUUUUAUAUAGCAAUUUGCUUCUGAAAUGUGAUCCAUACCCCCACCCUUGCAUUGCAGUAGACGUAUUUGUGCAAUUUAAAAUCAGAACUGAAUGAUGACAAGUAAUCCAGAUUAAUUGCAUAUGUGAUUUUUCUUGCCAAUCCAAUGAAAAAAUGUGUGUGAAAGGUAAGUACACCACCAUUCUCACUCUGUAGCAUCAUCUUGGCUUAUGAUGUUGUGGUAGGUAGAGCUUCUAGUGAGUUGUACUGUACUUUGUGUGACCCAUCUGCUUCCAUUUUGCCCACCUCAAACACACGUUUGAUGGUGCUGCUGCUCCUUGCCAUCCUCUCAGGAAAUGGAAUGCCAUAUCUCUGUGUGUAAGGCCCAAACAGUGUAUGUAACGCUUGUGCUAAUUUCAGGUGAGCAUUCUUGCUGUCACUGUUGGCCGCGCUCAUGUCUGCACUUAACAUUU